UUUCGGAAUCAGGCAAAGGAAGAAGAAAAGGAGGGAAAGUAAUUAAGAAUAGGAGGGCUGAGGUAGAAACCGCAGAUUGAGGGGGAGACUAGAGGAGGGCAGUAAGUAGAAGCAUCUCUGCCUUUUGGGUUUUCUGGAAUAUUUCCCUUUCUCCCUUUCUUCUCCCCUUUUUCUAACCUCGCAUUCCUCGAUCUCUAUCUUCCCUCUCAUCUCUCUUUAUCUACUGCUCGGGUUAUUGCUGCUGCUCACUUCCGGCGAUUCUGUCCCAACCCAGAGUAGAGAUUGAAGCGAAGUUGCUAUCCUUGUGAUUAUGGGGAAGGGUUCGAAGGCCAACUGCAAGUCGACCUCACACAGGCAGUUCAAGGACAGGGCAAAAACCCGAGUGGAUGAUCUUCAAGGGAUCUUCGUUGAUCUCCAGUUUGCUAGGAAAGAGAGCCGCAACAUCGACGUGGCGGUUCUUGAAGAACAAGUCCAUCAGAUGCUCCGAGAAUGGAAAUCUGAGCUCAACGAGCCAUCUCCGGCAAGCUCUCUGCAACAAGGUGGGAGUCUUGGAUCCUUCUCGACGGACAUAUGCAGACUGUUGCAGCUUUGUGAGGAGGAUGAUGAUGCCACUAGCACAUUGGCAAUGCCAAAGCCCGAGCCUAAUGAUCAAAGUCUGCAGGGUGAUACUAACACAAUGUUCCCUCAGGGUUAUGGAUUGAAUCACAGGCAACAGGAGCAUUGCUUUCCAUAUGCCAAUGAAUGCAAAGAUUCUCCAUCAGCAGGUCGUGGGAUAGUUGUGACCAAUUUGGAAGGUACUACUCAGUUGGACUACCAUCAGUUUGAUCUGCCUCGAAACUUUGACCAAAGCUUCUAUAUUAAUGGUAUGAAUCUAUGUGGUGAAGAUGGUACCACCCAGAAUCUUGCUAGUAGUUAUCUUCCAGGUAUAUGCCCUCCACCUUCAGCCUUCUUAGGCCCAAAGUGUGCACUCUGGGAUUGUGCUCGACCGGCACAGGGAGGGUUGGACUUUUGGCAGGUCUACUGCAGUAGGUUUCAUCAUGACCUAGCCCUGAAUGAAGGCCUCCCAGGAAUGGGUCCUGUUCUUAGGCCCGGAGGCAUCGGCCUGAAAGAUGGUCUUCUCUUUGCUGCUCUUGGUGCAAAGGCCGAGGGACGAGAUGUCGGUGUCCCCGAUUGCGAGGGAGCUGCAACUACAAAGUCUCCUUGGAAUGCUCCUGAACUCUUUGAUCUUACGGUACUUGAUGGUGAGACAAUCAGGGAAUGGCUCUUCUUUGACAAGCCACGCCGAGCAUUCGAGAGCGGCAACAGAAAGCAAAGGUCGUUACCUGAUUACAGUGGGCGUGGAUGGCACGAGUCGAGGAAGCAAGUCAUGAACGAAUUUGGAGGACUGAAGAGAUCCUAUUACAUGGACCCACAACCACUGAACAACUUCGAAUGGCAUCUGUACGAGUACGAGAUCAACAACUGUGAUGUCUGUGCCUUAUAUAGAUUGGAACUAAAGGCCGUUGAUGGGAAGAAGAGUGCUGCCAAGGGGAGAUUGACCAAUGACAAUUCAGUCGUUAAUCUACAGAAGCAGAUGGGAAGGCUUACAGCUGAGUUCCCUUCUGAUAAUAACAAGCGUCCUAUGAAAGGAAGAGCCAAAGUGGAUGCUAAAGUUGGUGCUGGAAAUCCUUAUCCAGUGCCUAACCGAGUGGUGCCUGCACAUGAAGGUUUCGAUUAUGGACUCGGACCACAGUACAAUUACCUUGGUGGUGAUUAUUAUGUGACGUGAGAAGGCAGCUGGCGAUUAGGUGAAUGCUAUUGCUUGGUCUCUCUGUCUUUGUUGUUCAAUAACAAGAAGCCGACCCUCCCAUCUCUAUCAUGGAUAUGGAAUAUGCAUAUAGUCGAACUUCGAAUGGAAAGUGCUACUACCCCAGGUUUAUAGCUUGGAAGCUGGAGCUCAUUUCUAACUCUCAUUGAUGACGACGAGAAAGUGCUAUUUUUCCCCUAAGCAGCCCAUUUGGAUUAAUUUUACAGAUGGUAUGUUGCAACAAACACAUUUAACAUUUCUGGCAAUUUAGUGGGGCUGCUGCUUGAUUGCCGAGUAAUCCAGUAUUGCAGUAACUUAUGGUUAUCUGUAUUGUAACAAUGCAAUCUCGGGCAAGGAAUAGUUUAUGGUGAAGCUUUCAUAUGGUUGCACUGUAAACAUCAUUUGUCUUGCGCCGUAAAACUUGUAAAUGGAAAUUGGGGUUACCUAGCUUUGUGUCGAUGUUCAUAUCGCUGCUGGCCGGACUGUGUUUCUCGCAGAGAUUUUUCGUGGUUGUGAAACACA